GGUUGUAAUUACCCAAACAAUUCGGGUUCUUUCACAAUUUGGUCAUACCUCAGGGGUGUGGUCGUAAUUUGCCCUUUUAAAAUUUAAGCAAAAUGAAUAUCUUGUGUUUCAGUGGCACUUAAACUUAUUUUUAUUCAAUUUAAAGUGAGUUAGGGCUGGCAUGAGUCGUGCCGGGUAAUUAUCGGCAAAAUUACCUACCCAACCCUACUCGACCAACCGAUUUUGCUAAAUACUAAAACCAUUACUGGCCCGACCACUAUGGGUUGGGUAUAAAAAUAUGGGUCGGUUGGUUGGCAUCAUCGGUUGUCGCCUAAUUAUUUUUACGAUAAUAAGAUGUUAUUAUCAAUUUUUUAAACCGAAACAUGACAAAUUAGAGGACUAAAUUCCUAAAUAAGUUAAUACAAAGGACUAAACUACAAUUUUCCCUUAAUUUUCUUUUUUGCUAGGAUGACUCAUAAUCAAGAAUCUAGAGUACAUGUAAUAAAAUUGCAUCGUGAUCUAAUAACAACUGUUCAACAAUUAUUAUUAUUACAUUAAAAAAAAUAAAAAUCAGAACUUUCCCCUUUUUCUGUGCUUUCAUCUUCUUCGAAUUUAGGGAAGUAGAACAGAAUCAAGAAAAGAAUGGGUGAAACUGCUGGAGAUGCGUCGCCGGCCACGAAACCCAAACCGACGAUCCUGGUCCCGCCACGUGUCCCCGUGGGUUUCCUCUUCGCGAACGGGUCGGGCCCCGGGUUCAGCCCGGGCCCGAUGACUCUUGUCUCGAGCCUCUUCCCGGAGCAGGGCCCGUUUUCUUUCUCUCAGCUUUUAGCUGGAGCUAUGGCUUCCCCGAAUCUUCUACCAACUCCUAUUUCUGGAAAAGAUGGGAUUUUUUCUGCCAAUAGCAAAAAUAGUGAGAGGGUUGUUGGGCAAAACUCUACCCGGCCGAUUAGUACGGCGGUGGCGGCGCCGCCGGGGACUCUGAGCCCUCUUUUUAUGGUUCCGCCGGGGCUAAGCCCUUCUGGGUAUUUAUCCCCACUUCAGAGCCCGUUUGGAAUGUCCCAUCAGCAAGCGCUGGCCCACGUCACAGCUCAGGCGGCACUAUCCCAAUCUUUCAUACAAAUGCAAUCACAAUUUCACCGUUCUUCUUCAACGGAGGCACCGACUGAAAAAACUCUAUCGAAAAAGCAUGAUAAUCAAGAAAGUUCUAAAAUAGAGUUAUCCGAAAUUUCACAAUCCGGUAAAAGGAACGAUAAACGAGGCAGUGACGGAUAUAACUGGAGAAAAUACGGGCAGAAGCAUGUGAAGAAUAGCGAAUGCCCGCGUAGCUAUUAUAAAUGUACGCAUCUCGAUUGUCCGGUGAAGAAGAAAGUCGAAAAGUCUUUGGAUGGUGCUGUAUUGGAUAUUACGUAUAAAGGACAGCACAAUCACGAUAUUCCUACACCCAAUAAUAAACGGGCUGAGAAAAAGACCGUUUUACCCUCACAAGGUCGGAUCGAAACCGAUAGGGCAAAUGAUGUAGUGGGAGAUAGGUCAAUAGUGCUAUUUGAUGGGGGUGACGAUGAACGAGUUGUGAAAAAAAGGAGCUUGGAAAUUGAGGCGCCCGUGGCAGCUUCGACACAUCAUCAAAGUGUUGGAGAAGCAAAGAUUGUGUUGCAGACGAGAAGUGAAGUUGAUCUUUUGGAUGAUGGAUAUAAAUGGAGAAAAUAUGGGCAGAAAGUUGUUAAGGGAAAUCCACAUCCUAGGAGUUACUAUAGAUGUACAUAUGCAGGGUGUAAUGUUCGAAAACACGUUGAGAGGGCAUCAGCAGACCCUAAAGCCGUUGUUACUACAUACGAGGGAAAGCAUAAUCACGAAAUCCCUAUCGGACGAUACAUCAGCGAUGAGUCAGCAAAUCGCCAGCUGCCGAAAACACGAAAAACGGUACCUAAGAAACCUAUGCCAAGUAAAGAAAUGAAUUAUGAGAAGCAGGAACAAAAUAUACCAACCACUCUACAUCUCAAAGACGAACAUAUUACAACAUGAAAUUCUAAAAUCACGAAUAAUACGGUUUUUUAGUAUAUAUGUAUAUAGAUAUAGAAGGAGUGACGAAGAAUCUGAUCGUCCGAUCGAAUUUUGACGAACUCGGGAUUUCUAGUUCUAGGCAUGCAGCAGCAGCUAUUGUGAAAUAUUUUAGUACACUGCAAGAAUAUAUAUAGAAUGUUUUGGUAUGUGACAAGUAGUUUGUUUGUACUUGUUGUUCAAUGUUUUUAGCAUGAAUGUAAUGGUAAUAAUAUUUUGAUUGUAAAUUAAAUGUAUUUUGUCAAAAAAAAAUUAAAUGUUAUUUAAUUACAUUUUGA